AUGCACGAGCGUGGAUGGGUUCGCAAUGAUUGCUUGUUCGCUGCCUUCUUCCCCACCGUUCGUCACUUCCCUGGGUCUUUCCUGGCUUCCCUCAGUUAUGUCCCUCGCUUCGCUGUCAAGUUGGAGGAGUAUCGAGGGCAGUAUCGCCCGGCGGCAGCUGGGGACUGGCAGUGUCUGGAAGAAGCUCUCCUCCCCGCAAUUUCCACCCUGGAAUUGUACCUCAGGAACAUCCCGGACCGCGCCGAAUCCACGCUUGCCAAACGCAUUCCUUCGCUCGCUGAACCAAAUUCGUUCAAUUACCAUCUUUUCGUCGACGAUGCGCGCGCGCGCGAUGCCGCUUGGUGUGCAAGGUUGUCGCUGUUACAACACGCUACGAAGCUGGCGUAUCUAGCGGCGUUGGUCAAUAACCUCAACAAGUCUAAUGAGGCCUGGCGGGGUGUACUUAUGAGUGGUGGCACAUGUGCGGCCUUCAUCGAUCGACUGAGCCAAUCGUGGAUCAUCGAGAAUCACUUCAAAUCAUCACGAGCGGGAUUUUUCAUGCGUCCCGAUUGGGAGUUACGCGAGCAUCUCGAUUUCUUCGUCAACUCUAACGUCCCCAUAUACAUCCACUGGGGUACGCCCGACAACGUCAUGUCGUUACCGUCCGGGAUGAACCCUGCUCUCCGUCCAACGGAGCAACAAGUACGGGACGCAUUUGAUAUCGGCAACCAUCGGCUUUCUUGGCGCUCUACUCCCUCCAGUUGGCGCCCCGCACCCCCUGCCCGCAAUCUCAAGGGCCCGCCUGCGUACGGGAGCGAUGGCUAUCUGACGUCGCCGGUAUCAUCGCAGAUUUCCUCUCACGAUGCUCCCUCGGGGGCAUCCAGAACAUCAUCUAGUGGAUGGGGCACUGCAUGGGAUGAACCCUCCAGAUGGGUUAAUCCCUUGGGAUGGCCCAUUGACAACACGGAUUGGCUCGCAUCUGCUCCGUCGCCGUCACGACCUGUUCAAUCCCAACCUGCGUCACCCUCAGUUCCGAUGGUCCCGUCCGCUACAGGAUUUGGCAUACAACCCGUCGUCGUCCCUCCCCAUAUUUCCGGGAACGUGAAGCCUCUAGACACGGCCGCCAAUUACGAAAAGAAGAACUACAAAGCUGGCCAGGUUGUUCCUCGCAUCCCACCCUGGCGCAAAGGAGAAAGUUUCAUUGCAUUCCAUACCCGUCGCCGUGAUUAUCACGAAUUUUAUAUCGAACAUCUGGAAGUCGCAGCACUGAAACAGUUGCGGCUGAGCAGGGAGAGAUAUGCGAGCACAUUUCCUCAGCCGUCGCCACGCGGCAGUGCUGUUUUCUAUGUUUGGGAGGAGGAUCCGGAAACGGGUGCGCUUGCGAGGAGAAGGGUCACGAACGAGAGGCGUGAACAAUUAUGGGAAGAUUAUGCCCCUCGGAAAUGCAAAUACGACUCCGUUUUGGAUGAAUGGGAUCUCAGCGAACUGUUCGUUGACCCUUAUGUCGAGCGCUCUCGGCCUGGUCGUGACCCAUAUGCCGACUCCGACGACGAAUACGAGGAUGCCGUCUCCCUUCCUGGCGAUGACGAUGACUUCACAUCUGCUUUAUAUCGUGAUUGCGACUUCGACCCACCAUUGCCCCCAUAUCGGUCGUCACCGGAGCUUGUGCCUAUGCCAGCUCUUCCAGGUCCGUCGCCGCCGUCAGCGUCCCCCUCGGUAACAUCGUCAACACAGUCUACAUUACCCUCCGCCACGUCAAUAUCUCCGUGGCUUUCCGUGACGUCGUCGGAUGUGCCUUCGUCCUCGACGUGGUCCAAUCUUUCGUCUGCCUCUGCAGCAUUAUCUUCGAUCGCUCCAGGCUCCUGGUCCACGGCUACAAUAUCAUUACCUUCAGACAUGGAUGUGGACGAACUUGACUCCCUUUCAGGCACACGCGACACGUCGUCGAGCGCAGUUUCGAUGGAUAUAGACAUGAAGGCCGCAUCGGAGCAUACCGUUGCCCCCGUGCCCGCCCCCGUCCCCGUGCCUGCCCCAACGCCUGCCCCCGCGCUUACAAGCCGUCAGAUCGCUGCGUCAUCGACUGUGGUGUCGAUGCACGUAGACGCCAAGGCCACAUCGGAGCAUACCGUUGCCCCCACGCCCGCCACCGUCCCCGUGCCUGCCUCGACGCCCGCAACCGUCCCCGUGCCUGCCCCAACCCCUGCCCCCGCGCUUACAAGCCGUCAGAUCGCUGCGUCAUCGACUGUGGUGUCGAUGCACGUAGACGCCAAGGCCGCAUCGGAUCAUACCGUUGCCCCCACGCCCGCCACCGUCCCCGUGCCUGCCUCGACGCCCGCAACCGUCCCCGUGCCUGCCCCAACGCCUGCCCCCGCGCUUACAAGCCGUCAGAUCGCUGCGUCAUCGACUGUGGUGUCGAUGCACGUAGACGCCAAGGCCGCAUCGGAGCACACCGUUGCCCCCACGCCCGCCACCGUCCCCGUGCCUGCCUCGACGCCCGCUACCGUCCCCGUGCCUGCCCCGACGCCCGCCACCGUCCCCGCGUCUGCCUCGACGCCCGCCCCCACACUUACAAGUGAUCAGGUCGCUACGUCAUUGAACGUGGUUUCGAUGAACGUGGAUGGGGUUGGUGCGGUCUCUGCGCCCGCCCCGAUCCCUGUUCCUCGUAUGCGUGCCAUCAACAGGUAUCCUAAUGACCUGGGGCUUCCGACUCGAUCACCCGUCGACCUUCUGAGAGAUCAUUUCGGUUUGGAAGUCAACCCCGGCCCCAUCGACAUCGACAUCGACUCCACGCUCGACGUCAAGGACCUCUCAGAGGUUUAUAAAGUCCUUGGAUAUUUCUUCCCUCUUGGGCAAGGCGAUCUUCAUUCUGUGGCGGGGCUGCCGUCGCAGACAGCGUCGGAAGCUGUUGGGUUCGUGCGGUCAAUCGUACAAGCGCAUCACGUCAAGGCCCCGUUGAAUGGUCCUAAGUACCCUCCGCCGAAGGCGUGGUUAUACCGCAGGGACUCAGUAGGAUGA